CGUAUAUAUCUAAGACCGUGGUAUAUAUUGAACGUGUCCUAUCCACGUUCUUAUAUACCGUGGUCCUAUACAUUCUUAUCUAUGAAAAUAUUGUGGCUUUUGAAUAGAUAAUAAAGAAUAACUUUAUUAUCUAUGGGCUUCUGCCUCCCGAGUCCCGGCUCCACAUGCAUAAUUCCCGCCACCGGAAUUGAGAUUUGAGGCAUUAGUGUAUUAGUGGCUGUUGGCACUCGUCAUUCGGCAAUGGAUUUGUUGAGCAGACAAGGAUUGAGGACCGACGGUCGGAGGUCCGGUGAGUUGCGCAGGAUACGGUGCAAGAUGGGUGUAUUCAAUCAGCCGGACGGCAGCGCGUAUCUGGAACAGGGUAACACAAAAGUUGUCGCGGCCAUUUACGGACCACACGAGAUUCGAACCAAUCGGGCUAAAGCACCCAAUGACAGUGCGGUGAUCAACUGUCAGUAUAGUAUGGCCACGUUCAGUAGGAGCGAACGAAAGCGUCGACCGAGAGACAACAAAUCAGCUGAGCUUACGUUGCAUCUCAAACAAGCUAUGGCUACUGCAAUCAAAACCGAUCUUUAUCCUAAAUCUCAGAUUGAUAUUUUCGUACAGGUUUUACAAUCAGAUGGUGGAAAUUAUAGUGUAUGCGUUAAUGCAGCUACAUUAGCUCUGAUAGAUGCUGGAAUUGCCAUGGAAGAAUUUGUGAUCUCGUGUACAUCAAGUCUAGCUAAUGGAGAAACACCACUAGUGGACAUUAGUCAUCUCGAAGAGACAAUGGGUGGACCCAGUCUGACUGUAGCAAUAUUGCCAAUUUCUGGAAAGAUUGCUAUGUUAGAAACGUCACAAAGAAUUCACAUCAAUCAUUUAGAACCUGUAUUAACAGAAGCUGUUCGAGGAUGUCGCUACAUAUACGAGAAUUUGAAUAAAAUCAUAAAGAAACAUUAUGAAGAGAUAGGUGGUGCUUUAAAUUGGGGAACUGAGGAAUACAAUAUUUAACUUAAAAAUUCUUGACGUAAAAAUAGCAUUUAAAUACUUGACGUAUUGUUAUAUAUUUUUGUAUAAUUUAUAUUGCAUGUAAACUAUGUGUAUAAUACAUUAUUAAUUGUUUAUGACAAUAAUUAUUUUUUUUUCAAAAAAUUAAAUAUUUCUAUGCAAAACGUGUUAGGCA